AUGACCAUGGCAGACCUGAACCACAGCCAGGAGCAGAAGUUCAGGAAGGACAGCCGCGUCAAGGAGAUUGACCUCAUCAACAGGGACCCCAAGCUAAUCAAUGAGGACGUGGUCAAGGUUGACUUUGAAGAUGUGAUUGCGGAGCCUAGUGGCACCCACAGCCUGGAUGGGGUUUGGAAGACCAGCUACACCACCUUCACUGUGUCCAAGUACUGGUGCUACCGCAUCCUGACGGCCAUCUUGGGGAUUCCUGUGUCGCUGCUCUGGGGUUUCUUGUUCGCUUGUCUCUCAUUUUGCCACAUCUGGGCUGUUAUGCCCUGUAUUAAGAGCUGUCUGAUCGAAUCGCAGUGUGUGAGUCAGAUCUACUCACUGGCGGUGCACACCUGCUGUGACCCACUUUUUGAGGCAGUGGGGAAGAUAUUCAGCAGGGUGAGAGUAGCUCUGCACAAGGAUGUCUGA